UUCAAGAGAAUCUUCAUCAUUUCACCUUCACUCCUUCAAACCAAACAGACACUACACUGCUUCAAAUUAUACAAACUGUCAAACAUUAUUUUAACAUAUUUUCUGAUGAUCAACUCAUCAAUCAAAUUGGUGAAAAUUAGAAAAAAUAAAUAAAAAAAUCCAUCAAUCAGAUUCAAAACACCAACAUUUAUAUCCUUCAAAAACCCUCUCACACACACACACACACACACACACACACACACUUCUUCAAUGGCGAAUUCUCUUAGAAAAAAACCGGCGUUAUUAGACCCGCUUUACUACCCUGUAAUCGCUUUACUCGUCAUCCUUAUCGCCUGUGUUGAGUUUUCCGAUGCAAUCACAGCCGUCGAUGUUUACCGCCUUGUUCAAUAUGAUAUCUCCGGUGUUCGUUUCGGUUCCCGGUUCGCUAAACUCAAUCACCACGCCGGUUCGUCGCUUUUCGGUUCGGGAUCAGGUUCGGAUCUUUCCCGUACGGUUCUCAAUCUUCCGGUUCGUGAAUUGAACCUCACCAGCAUUACAGCCUGGGAGCAUGAACAGUUUUCAAGGUGGAGAGUCACUGCAGCAACACUUUCUGCUGCACCUGAAUUAAUGGAAAGCACGGGAGGUCUGGCUGAUAACAGACACAUUUACAGCCAGGAGCAGAAGAGCAUAAACAUAUUUGCAGAUGAUAGUAGUUCAGCUGUCAAUCCUUCCUACAUAAGGUCUUGACUAGACCUUUUAUCUACAACACCUCGAGUGGCACCUUUUCUUUCAAAAAACGACCCGGUUAUUAAGGCACUGGAGAAGGAAUUAGCUGAUCAUACUGCAGAGGUGAACGUACAACAUGAAACUCUAGAUGGAACGUUCACUUUUUACGAUUCAACUAGUGGCAAGUUGCAUAUAUAUCAAGUUGCCAGCGUGACAUUCGACCUGCUUUUGUUGUUGGUUCUAGGAUCAUACUUGAUUAUACUUUUCAGUUUUCUUUUUAUCACCCCCAGGGGUCUUGACGAUCUUAUUAGUCUAUUCCGUUGUCCCCCAUCACGGAAAGUAAAAACCGCUUGAUUCCUGAAACAGGACAUUUCUACAUCACGGGCUUGUGAAUCAAGAAGCAGGCGUUACUUUUUGUAACCUUAAGGAAGCUCAUCUUAGCCAUGUUGUUUCCUAUUGGUCAAUGGUUCAAUGUGUCGUAGUCUAAACGUUUAGCACUUGAUGGAAAAGUUCCACAUAUUUUGCUUCGGUUGGUAUCCUGUAGUCAUUUUUUUAACUGAGAUAAGAAUGUAAUUCUUGCAGCCGGGCUUUGUCAUAGAAUUAUGAGUUCUAAACUUGUAAUCGAGCUGACGCAAGGCGUCAAUUUUGACGGAUCGAGUGUAUUUAUGUUUCGAGAAAGAUGCAGGAAUUCUGCUUUGUUAGAGUCUUUUCAAAUACCAGUAAGUUCAUGUUAGAGUUCACUUACAAAAGUAGAUUAUUUGUAGUAAUUGUCUUGCUUUCAAA